AAAAGUUUAAUGCUUUUUUUGUUAUUUUUAUAGUGGAAAUAUCAUUAUAAUUGUCAGAAAAAAUCAUUUUCAAAAUUUAUUCAGUUCUUUGGAUUUACCCAAGAUCCAAAUAAUUUAAAUUAUAUAAUAGUAAUGAGUUAUGCAAAAAAAGGAAGUUUGAGAAAAUGUUUAUCUGAUAUAAUUAAAUUCAAAUGGCAAGAUAAGUUACAAUUGUUGAAAAAAAUUAUAUUAGGACUUAAAGUAAUACAUGAAUCAAAUUUAACUCAUUGUGAUUUUCAUGAUGGUAAUAUUUUAAUAUCAGAUGAUUACAAUGAAUUAUUUAUUAUUGACUUGGGAUUAUGUAAACCUAUAAGUGAUUUUCAAAAUUCUGAUAAUAAUGAAGUAUAUGGAGUUUUACCUUAUAUGGAUCCUGAAAUACUAAGAAAUAGACCCUAUACUCGAGCAAGUGAUAUUUAUAGUUUUUCAAUGAUAAUGUGGGAACUUACAUCAGGUAUUCCCCCAUUUAAAGAUAAAGCACAUGAUCACCUACUUAUCUUGAGUAUUUGUAAAGGUGAACGUCCUGAAAUUAUGAAAAAUACUCCAAAAUGUUAUAUAGAUUUAAUGAAAAAAUGUUGGGAUUUAAAUCCUUCCAAUAGACCAACCAUAAAAAUGCUUGAAAAUAUUAUAUCUGAAUGGAUUAGAUGUAUUGAUAAAUAUUAUGAAGUAAACUGGGGUAGAAAUCAUAAAUAUGUACCUAAUAUUGAUAAUUCAUUAAAAAAUGAUAUGUCAGAAUUUGUAGAAGCAAACGAGGCUUUAGUACAAGAACAAGCAAAUAUUUCUACUAUACAAUCUCAUCCACAAGCAUAUUAUGCAAGUCGCAAACUUACUGAAAUUUUAGUUCAAGAAGUGACUCAGUGUUUUGAUUGUAAAAUUGACGAUUAAUAAUUCUGUUAUCCAUUCUUUAUUUGUUGGAUUAUUUAUCAAUUAUUAUAUGUGAACAAAUUAUUUAUAUUACGUAUCUUUGCAUCUUUACAGUUUUGCAAUGAAAUGAACAUUGAU